CUCUAAGGGCUUUCGUUAAGCUGCAUUAAGUAGUUGUACACUUAGCAUAAAAAUCAGGGGGUGAACUUUUAAUAUGGAAACGUACAAGGGCUUCAUUUAGCAUUUUUUUUUUUUAAAGAAAAAAAGAACGGAUCUUAAUCUAUUUGUUCGAGGUUUUUACCCUUUUAUGUCAAGGUCAAGCCCAACUAAAGCAUGUAUGUUUAGUUUAGUUUAGUGUAUGUAAGUUUUGAUAUUUGGGUAUAUCACUAUAUCCGAAUAUCCAAUUUUUUGAAAGGUGUCAUCCGAUAAUUCAAUCCAAAAAUUCUGAUAUCCAACUUUCGGAUUUUUCAAAUCAGAUUCAGAUAUUUUGAACCCCUUUGCUGGUCAUAGGUAAAUUAUUUAUUCUCCACCCAUCUCCUACCCCGCCAAAACCAUUUCAUAUUCCCGCCAAAACUAAAACAGUAAAUACCCAAACCCUAAUCACAAAAUAAGAAAAUAAAAAAUAAAAAAAUCCCCAAUUAUAACAGAACCCAUUAAUCAAUCCAUAAGUUUCAAUGGCAGAAAAAGAACAAGAAGAAACCAACAAAGAAAAAACCUUGCAGUUAACUUUCCCAACAGGGAGAGUAAAAAGAAUAAUGAAACUCGACAAAGAUAUUAACAAGAUCAACUCCGACGCCCUGUUCGUGGUCUCCAACGCCACCGAGCUUUUCGUCCGGUUUUUAGCCGAGAAAUCGUCACUCGUUGCUACCGAAAAGAAACGAAAGACGAUUAAAGUCGAGCAUUUACGCCUUGCGGUGAAGAGACAUCAACCCACCGCUGAUUUCCUUCUGGAUUCGCUUCCUAUGCCUCCGCCCCCAGAUAAGAUUCCAUCAAAAACAGUUAAGAACAAAAGUGAUAGUGUUUCUGUUCCAGCUGGUACUCGCAAGAUUGAUAGUUUCUUUAAGAAGGAUCCUUAGGGUAAGUUUUGUAUGCUACUAUGCUUAUUGGAUCUGUAUCUAUCUUUAUAUUUAUAUAUCUCUUUCUUUUGGAAUCAAG